AUGUCAGCGUCCUCGCUUCCAAGCACCGCCUUCCACCCGAUUCGACGAGGACGAAAGAGGUGUCGCGUCUACUGUCCGGCGAGCGGCGAAAACAAGUUCGAACUAGGUACCGUGUUCUGCGCUCGAGGCCAUCCGGACAUCAUAUUUUUCGACAACCGACAGCGGGCCUACAUCACCGCAUUGCAGGCGGGGGAGUACAUCGAGC